UUUUUGCCUAUAGUUCUACUUUUAAACCAUCAUUUUUUUGUGUAUUUAUAUUUUAAGAUCAUUGUAACUGGUGAUGUAGUACAGGGGCGGACUGACAACUCAUGGGGCCCCCGGGCAAUAGGGGAUCAUGGGGCCCCUGUGUCCUUGCCCACACUCAAACCACACCUAAAAAAGCCUAUGAAAGGUACCAGGGACAUCUCAUGGGGCCCCCUACUGACUCCUAGUGCCCGAGUUCCCCAU